AAUUUAAUUAUAUUUGAUCGUAAGAUGGAGGACGAACAAUUCUUCAAACGAGUUGUGACCAUCUUUGUUUACUGCGAAGCACAAAACAAAGCCAACCAACCUUCCAUUCUCCAAUCGUUCCUCAAUUCUUCUUGAACAUGGCUUCUCUUCCAUUCCUUUCGCAAAUUUCCCACUCUCUUUCCUUUCCGCAACAUGGCCACUGCUUCCAUAGGCACUUCCCCACCGCUCUCGCUGCUUCCUACCAAUCUGGAGCCUCGUCUGGAAACUCAUGGGGCGUUGACAUUGCAGAUUCUAAAUCUCAAGUAUCUCGUGUUCCGGUUUUGACUUCCUCGGAGGCCUAUGAAAGGCUAAAAUCAUUUAGAGAAAAGAUAAAGGGAAAGCAACAAUUCCUUGCUAUGUAUUCUAGUAUUUUUGAUGGGAUAACAACAGACCCAGCCGCUAUGGUUAUUCCUAUGGAUGACCACAUGGUCCACAGGGGCCACGGUGUGUUUGAUACUGCUGCAAUAAUGGACGGAUACCUAUAUGAGCUAGAUCAACACCUUGAUCGCUUUUUAGGUUCAGCAUCCUUGUCUAAAAUAGAUCCCCCAUUUGAUCGUGGAAGCAUAAGGAGAAUACUGAUACAAACUGUAAGUGCUUCCAAGUGUAGAAAAGGAUCACUAAGAUAUUGGCUCUCUGCAGGACCUGGUGACUUUCAGUUAUCUCCCUCUAACUGCCACCAAUCAAGUCUUUAUGCAAUAGUAAUACAGGAUCUGUCAUCAUCGCUUAAUUUCAGAGGAGUUAAAGUUGUUACUUCAUCUGUUCCCAUUAAACACCCCAAGUUUGCCAUUACCAAGAGUGUGAAUUAUCUUCCAAAUGUCCUCUCAAAGGUGGAAGCUGAAGAAGCUGGUGCUUUUGUAGGCAUUUGGUUAGAUGAUGAAGGUUUUGUGGCAGAGGGGCCUAAUAUGAAUGUGGCCUUUGUCACUAAAGAGAAAGAACUAAUAAUGCCUCACUUUGACAAAAUUUUAAGUGGCUGCACAGCUAAGAGAGUUUUAACCCUUGCCGAGGGUUUGUUAAGGGAGGGUAAGCUUAAGGAGAUAAGGGUGAAAAAUGUGACCGUUGAAGAAGGUAAAGCAGCAGAAGAAAUGAUGCUUCUUGGCAGUGGAGUUCUUGUUUGCCCUGUAGUGCAGUGGGAUGAACACGUUAUUGGUGAUGGUAAGUGCUUUUAUUUCUCGCACAAAAGGUUAUCCGAUUUAUUGUAUGUUUGGAGGGAACUUCUAUAUAAGUACUUCUAAAAGAGUAAGAGAGAAAAAGGAAAUUAGUUUCUCCACAAGUUAAAAUGAAGUUAUGCUUGAGUUAGAAAUCAGACUUUGGAGAAGUGGAUAGGAGGAUAGGAAAUUGCUUUUAUAAAUUAAGUCAAGCAUACAUGAAUUUUGGAAUGUGAAGAAGAUUUUUCUUCUUAUUUUUCCCUCUUAAAAGUAUUUACGGAAAAGUUUCUCCAAACAGACCAUUCAUAUAUGCACUCAAGUAAAUUAUGUGUAUGAUUUUCUUUGGUCUACUCCAAGGCAUCUGUUGAUUGAAUUAACAGGAACUUCUUACUGGAGUUCAGAUGAUUAUAUUAUUCUUUUAGUGUUUUGUAAUGAUAUGAUUCUAAAGAGAAAUGAAACUAAAUUUGGGAAGUUAAUGGUCAGAGAUUGGAACCAAUUGAAAACAAAGCAAAGAAACAUAAAAAAAGGAAAGCGUUGCAAAAAGAUUUGAUAAAAUUAAGGAUGUUUGUCACACUAAUUAGUGAAUUCUAGGUAAGAUUACAGGAUUCUUGAUAGAGAUAUUCUCAAUGUUUUGUCAAAAUCAUUGGUUUUCAAUUUCUGAAUUUCAAAAAAAUUAGUUAUACGGUUUGACUCUGAUAGGACUCCUAAUAAGGAUGGGCCUGUUAAUCAACAUGAAACAAUUAUAGAGGGAGCAAGGCCCAAAAUAUGGAAGGUUUACGUGAGAAGAAAGAAAAUGGGGUUAGGAAAA